UUGGAGCCGGCAGCUGCCGGCUUCUCUAUGCUCUCCGAAGCCUCUUGGGUCCCCAGGACCGCACUGGGACGAGCAGAGGCCCUAUCCACACACUGGGACUUCACUGACACCCAUUCCUGGAAGCCGGCCUGGGCACCUAACCCUGGAGCCGCCCCUUGGGAUCACCAGCCUCGGCCCCACUGAGUCAUCCCGGGCCUAGGCCAGGGUCCGGGGAGGCUAACACUGCCCUCCACUGGGACCUGAACAAUGGCGUCUGGGCAAGGACCAGGCCCUCCCGGGCAGGACUGUGAAGAGCCUGCCCCGUCCUCCACUUCGGAGGAGCAGGUAGCCCGGGACACGGAGGAGGUUUUCCGCAGCUACGUUUUUUACCGCCAUCAGCAGGAGCAGGAGGCGGAGGGGGCGGCUGCCCCCGCUGACCCAGAGAUGGUCUCCUUGUCCCUAGAACCUGCCAGCACCACGGCACAGGUGGGUCGGCAGCUGGCCGUCAUCGGGGACGCCAUCAACCAGCGCUAUGACGAUGAGUUCCAGACCAUGUUGCAGCGCCUGCAGCCAACCCCCGAGAACGCCUACGAGUAUUUCACCAAGAUUGCCUCCAGCCUGUUUGAGAGCGGCAUCAACUGGGGCCGGGUGGUGGCUCUCCUGGGCUUUGGCUACCGCCUGGCCCUGUACGUCUACCAGCGCGGCCUGACCGGCUUCCUGGGCCAGGUGACCCACUUUGUGGUCGACUUCGUGCUGAAUCACUGCAUUGCCCGGUGGAUUGCGCAGAGGGGCGGCUGGGUGGCAGCCCUGGACCUGGGCAACGGCCCCAUCCGGAAUGUGCUGAUAGUUCUGGCUGUGGUUCUGUUGGGCCAGUUUGUUGUACGAAGAUUCUUCAAGUCAUGACCCCAGGAGGGGCCCUUUGGGGUCCCUGCUGAGAUAAGCCUUCUUCCCUUACCCCUUCCCCUACAGGGGUCCCUCCUCAAGAGUACAGAAGCUUUAGCAAGUGGGCACUCCAGCUCCGAAGGGCCCCUGCUUGGGGGUCAUUCAGGCUGCAGGGGCCUCCCAACAUUGCAUGGUGCUAAUGGGCUCCACUCUGGGCUCAGCUCUGUCUGCUGGGCUCUGAGGAGGUUGAUAACUUAGGGAAGGAAGAAGCUGGGAGAGACUUUUCCCUAAGAAGAUUUUCAUGGUUUUAGCUUUUUAUAAUACCCUUAGGAGGUAACCGCCCCCCUCAUUCCCAACACUCUGCCCCAAGCCAGGACAUCUGGGGUAUGGGGGUUAGGCCUACCCUGUGUUCCCCAGGAUUUAGCUGUUCUGAAAGGUCAGAGUUUGAGAGCUGGGCCUGGAGCCCAGUUCUGGCCAUUCUAAAACAUCAUGUCCCCCAGGAACAGGACUGGCUGGGGUUGGAGGCAAGGAUCUACUCAACUAUUCCCCCCAACCCCAUAUUGCCUUGGCAGGUGGACUCUCAGGGAUUUGGGGUGUAGGGUGAGGGUAUGUACCGGAGCCAUCUGAAUUUAUCCAUCAGGUCCCUGCAAACCUGUCUCCUGGGGUCCUCUGUUCUUUCCCUUCCCCACAACUUGCUCCUUAGGCCUUCAUUACUUGUGGGGGCUGCCUUCCCCGUCACUCCAGGUACAGGGCAGAGGCCUUGGGAGAGGGAGUGCUGAGGACCCCUCCUUGCUCAGACUAUAAGGUUUAGGACUGUGAUUUGUUACUGUCAGGGAAAGGGAGUAGGGAGCUCAUCUUGAGGUUUCUGAGAGAAGGCCUAUUAACAUCACUAGGUACCCCAAGGUUGGGAUCCUCCCCCAGUCUCAUCUGGGGUUGUGGAGGGGGAACUAUGAAUACUUGAACUCUACCCCCAAACCUCCACCCUCUACACUCAUCUGCCUAAGCCCCUCCUGUGGGUGGGGGGGGGAUGCCUUGUCUGUCUUGCACAACCUAGGGAUCUGAGAAGUUGUUGAUUAAGCCAAAUGCAGGGAGGGGAUGCAGAUGGAGCCCACUGGCCACCCCCACCGUCUGAGAGUGUCUGAAAAUAAACUGCCAUCCCCCCAUCCCACU